GCACGCUCAUCUCAAGCUCACUCAGGUCUUAUCGAACCAUUUCUAGCCACAUCCCUCUUACCGACUUUAUUUGGUUCAACUUCCGAUCAUACAGAUUUACCACUGCAUCAUGGGUAAUCAUUUCGGGACAUGGCAAGCCUUUGUGCUGUCCUUCCUGGUCUUCUCGUUAUCACAGUCGCCCGUCGUCCACGCUCAACAGCCCUUCCUGCCCGUUGAAACAGCGAGGGCACUCAGCAACAACGACGGCAGUGGCAGCACAGGACUCGAAAAACGGCAGGGAUGCAUCUCCAACUUCUUCAGCUGCUCAGGAGUAGGAGCUGCUUUCAGCGACGUAUGUUGCCAGUACGGCUACACCUGCGCCCUUGAUCAGAGCAACCAACCGGCUUGCUGUCCUGUAAACGCCGUCUGCACCGGCACCGCCCCGGCCGGCUUCGCCGCCCCCAGCCCAACCGCGCCGGUCUCCUUCGUCGUCAACCCGUAUUUCUCUUUCCCCUAUGUCGCCACGUACUUCCCGGACGCCGAGCAAUGCUCUUCGGCCGUCAGCCAAUGCAGCGCCAACUACGUUGCCUGCAGCGACAAGCUGGACGGGCUAGGCGGCCAGUACGGCGUCACCAUUGUGGUGCCCGGCGGCGCAGGGACGACCGUGGGCGUUAAUGUCGGGACCACGGUUGGGCCUGCGAGUGCUUCCAGCAUCUGCAGCAGCUUGUCGAGCGUGGCUUGCCACGGUCUAGAGAAUAACAUGUGCUCGAUGACCGCCACGACCGCCAGCGGCUUCUACUUUGGCACGGGUGCUCCUAACAGGGCGUCCUCGCGCAGAGGCUUUAGCGGCAUUCUUGUCGCUGCCGUUGUGGUGGCGACGGUGUCGGCUCUUCUCUGAUUCUGCGCUCUCGGGAGGCGCUUACCCCUAUCGGUUUUGAGCAAAUCGGUGACGGACACUUGAGUGGAAAGUAACGAACGGAGUGACGAGGAGCGCGAAAGUGGUACCUUUAAUGAGGCCGGUACCUUUUCCUU